AUGGUGUACCUACAAAAAUGGAGAAAUAGAACUGUUCAUAUUAUUAAAAAGUCAAAAGAGGACUACUAUAAGAACCUCCUGACUGAUAAUGUACAUAAUCCACGACAAUUAUGGAAAAUUCUAAAAGAUAUCUUGCCGACCAAUGACACUGUCUCCCAAAUAACACUUAGCAUUAAUGGCAAGGAGAUCAGUGACCCUAUCGAG